CAAAAAUAAUUAUGCCUUUAAUUGCACCACCGCCAAAACCUGGUCGGAUACGUGUUUACCGAGUGAUUGAUAAUUUUUUACAAGAUGAGUAUAAUCCACUAUCAUUAACUGUUGAUGAUAUUGUUUAUUUACGCGAAACAAAAGGGGAUGCUUUUGAAUUAAAAUGCCCCCAAAAGGGUUCAUCAUUGUCAGAACUCUACAAAAAGGAAAUUGUUGAAACAAAAUUGGAGCUUAUCGAAUUCCCUUUACACGAAGCUGCCAAAAUGGGGGAUUGUAAUUUUUUAAGGGAAUGUUUGGAAAAUAAGGUAUCCGUAAAUAGCCUAGAUCGAUCCUCUUCUACAGCAUUACAUUGGGCUGCUUAUACGGGACAUUUUGAUAUUUUGGAAAUUUUAUUGACAAUUUCGAAUGUUGCCAUAUCCGCACAGGUGUGCACCCAAUUUUUAAAUUUUUUCCCAUUUUUUAUUUACUAG